CCGGAUUCACGCUGGCCGAACGCUCUCGCAGGGAGGCCAGAGAGGAAGUGAAACACGAUAAGUAAACAUUUCGGAAAAGCGGACUAACAACCAAGUAAAUGAUAUCAUUAGGGGAAUAGAAAGCGCACCAAGGGGCCUGGGAAGCGAGGAAGCUGGAUAUAAGGACGGGGGUGAAGGCCCAAGGGUCGCAGGUGUUAUCUCCACCGCUACCCCACCACCGCCGCCCCCUUCCUCCCCCUGACCCUGAACUGCCAUGCCGCGCUACCUGCAGCCAGAGGAGGCCACGGCCCGUGACCUGGAGAGAGGCAAGGCCGUGCGCAGAUUCUCCCACCGGCACCGGCCUGAGCAUGGCACGCUCAAGAUCCGGAGAGAAACUGGCCACAUCAUCUGGGUUGGGGCGCAAGGCGUCAGGGAGGUUGUCACUUCCCUGGCCGACAUCAAGGAGGUGCGACCGGGGAAGGGCUCCAAGGACUUUGAGAAGUGGCAGGAGGAGGCCAGGAGGGAGGAGAGAGCCAAGUGCUUCAUUGUCUUCUACGGGAAAGAGUUCAAGCUCAGGACGCUCUCCAUUGCUGCAAUCGCUCCCGAUGAAUGUACAGAAUGGAUCAACGGGCUGAAAUACCUCAAGGAAGAGGCCCUCAAUGUGCCCUAUACUAUAAGACUAGAGCGGACACUGCGCACUGAGUUCUACAACAUGGAGAACCAAAACAACAGAAUAACCUUCCGUGAUGUGAGGAACUUCUUGCCGCGCAUCCACUACAAGAUGACCAACAACCAGCUCAAGCAGCUCUUUGACCAGGUGGACGACCGCAGCCAGGGGGAGAUUGGCUUCGACCAGUUCUUCGAUCUUGUCAAGAAGAUUGCCUGGGAGCUACACACUCACUAGCAAGAUUAGCUUCAAGGAUGUUAUUAACACCAUCAAUGAACACGCCUUUGUGGCCUCUGAAUACCCUGUGAUACUCUCCAUAGAACAGCACUGCAGCAUGAUACAGCAGAAGGAAAUGGCCGAGCAAUUCCAGAAGGUGUUUGGGGAUGCGCUCUUAACUGCUCCUCUUAGCCCUAAUGAAAAGGAGAUGCCGUCCCCAGAGCAGUUAAAGCGCAAGAUCAUCAUUAAGCAUAAGAAGCUUCCAGAAGGCGUGGACGAGGCUACCCCUCCCAUCUGCAAUGCUAAUGACUCUAUUGCUCAGUCUAGCAAUGAGGAGUUUGGAGGAGAAAUGGACCUGAGCAAGUUGAGUUUCAAAGGUGAUCGCCUUUACCUCAGGAACCCAGUGGACCAGACUGCCUGGCAGCCCCACUUCUUUGCCCUCACCCAGGACCGUCUCCACUUCACUGAGCUGCAAAAUGAAGAGCCAGAGUCCGAGGACCAGCACAGUGGCCGUAGGAUGCUUAAUGAUGUGAGCGAGGAAGAGUGGCACCUGCAUGAACCCUGGUAUCACGGGCGGCUGCCAGGUGGAAGGGGGAAGGCGGAGGAGCUGGUCCACCAGAACAGCCAUCUCGGGGACGGGACUUUCCUCGUGCGCUUCUCUGAAAACUUUGUUGGGGAUCACACCCUCACAUUUUGGUACAGAGGGAAAGUUAGUCACUGCCGCAUUCGUGUCCGACAGGAAGGCGACAACACUAGGUACUGGCUCAAAGACAAUGACUCCUUUGACACACUUUAUGGGCUGAUUGAACACUACAAGCACUACCCCAUAUUGUCACAGGAAGUAUCAAUAAAGCUGGGAGAAGCUGUACCUCAGCCAAAUAGCCAUGAGCGCAUGGAGUGGUACCAUGCUAACAUGACUAGAGAUGAGGCAGAGCAGUACCUUGGGAGGAUACCUGAGGACGGGGCCUUUUUAGUGCGGCCAAGUGGAGAGGCAGGAAGCAUAGCCAUAUCAUUCAAAGCAGAGAGACGGACAAAGCACUGCCGAGUAAAGCAAGAGGAUGGCACAUUCAUCAUAGGCACAGCAACCUUUGACAGCUUGGUGGAGCUGAUCAAGUACUAUGAGCGGAACUUCCUCUUUCGCCGGGUCAAGUUGCGAUAUCCAGUGACAGAGCGUGUUAUCCAAGGACUCCAAGAUAUGGAUCCUGUUGAUGGCACUGGUGGUUAUGUAGUGGACCCUGCCUACGUUAGCAAUAUCCAUGUAAAGGCCAAGUACUCCUACCGUGCCAACAAGGACGAUGAGCUGACCUUCCCACGCCAUGCCAUCAUCCAGAAUGUGAUAAAAGCAGAAAAGGAGUGGUGGACGGGCGACUACGGGGGACGGAGGCAGCACUGGUUCCCAGCUAUCUUCGUGGAGGAGAUUGAGCCAGAGAAUAUGGAGGAGAGAGGAGGAGACAACCAAGUCUUGGGCAGCCUGCAGAAGGGAAGCAUUGACAUCUCAAGGGCCGGCACCAAGAUCGAGAAAGUCACAGGAACCAACCGCUGGGGCAUCGUGUCCAUUAUAAAACUGACUACACAAACAGGCCAGGUGGUGGAGCUGGCCUGCACCUCAGAGCAGCAAGCGCAGGAGUGGGUUAAAAAGAUUGAGAGCGUCUCCUCACCAGCAGCUGUGAACCAGACCAGACAGACAAGGAAACCAGAGCAGCGCAUCAAGCAGGAGAUGAGCAAUUUGGUAGUUUACUUCCGAGCAGUGCGGUGUGACCCUAGCAAGCAGUUUGUUUAUGGGGGCACACACAAUGAGGUCUCAUCCUUUCCUGAGAACAGGAUGGAGAGCCUCAUCCUCAGCUGCCCUAAAGGAUUGCUCAAAUUCCAUAAGGUUGGCUUCAGCCGUGUGUACCCCAAGUCAUCGCGGUUGGACUCCACCAACUACAAUCCAGUGCCCAUGUGGAACCAUGGAUGCCAAAUGGUCUCCCUCAACUACCAGACAGGAGACAAACCUAUGCAGCUAAACGAGGGGCGGUUUAUGCAGAAUGGCAAAUGUGGUUAUGUCUUGCGACCUGAAUUCCAGAACAACCCUGACUAUGACCCAGGCAACCCCCUCACCCUGCCCAACCCAAGACCCCUCAACCUUUCCAUAAAGAUAUUUGGUGCACGGCACCUGAGCAAAUCUGGCAAAGGCUUCAUUUCACCCUUGGUUGAGGUGGAAACCAUAGGCUGUGAGUACGACAAUGCUCCGAAGUACACCACCAGAGCUGUCCAUGACAAUGGACUCAACCCUGUGUGGGGCGUGAAGCUGAUGUUCUCAGUGCACAACCCAGAGUGUUCGCUCAUCCGUUUCGUGGUGUACGAUGAGGACAUGUUCGGGGAGCCCAACCAGAUUGGCCAGGCAACCUACCCGGUGACGUGUAUACGUGAAGGUUACCGCAGCAUUCCCCUAAAGAAUGGAUACUCCGAGGAAAUCGAGCUUGCAUCACUCCUCAUACACAUGAAGAUCACAAGAGAGGGCUUGGAUGAGCAGAUGAUCCUCCUCUACCGCAAGCAGAUGUUUACCAUGCUGGAUGAGGCACGGGAGAAAAACAAUCUUGAAAUGGUGGCGAACUUGGAAGACAGAAUCCAAAGACUGGAGCAGGAGAUCCUGCAGCAUGGAGAACUGUACUCGUGAAUGGACUCCGCCACCUCUGCACCUUCCCUGCUACCACCCUGUACUUCAGAGGAUCCUAGGGGACACUUAAAAGAUAAAAGAUAAAUCUUAAAAAUAUGAGAUAAGAAAAUUUUGAAAAAAGUUUCAGGGAAAAAUUCAGACAUUAAAAAAAAAAAAAAAAAAAAAAAAAAAAAAAAUCAGAGAAGUUCAAGAAAAGAUUCAAAGGAAAGAAGUAAAAAAAAAGAGAGAAAAAAAAAAGAAAAAGACAAAAAUCUAAGGAAGUUUCAAAAAAAGGUUCAAGGAAAAAGUUGAAAGCAGAGUUUCUGUUAAGAAUCCCUGCAAAUACUUGAAUGCGGUGCUAGAAGAAAGAAGU